CGACUUAGUUGGACAUGCACGCACUGGUUAGUUUGGGAGAAGACUACAAGAAGGAAGAAAUGGAAAUAAUGAUGUGUGCAGCACGCCUCUGCCUCUUGCAUUCAUCUUCUAGAAGGCCAACAAUGAAGAUGAUUAUCGGAAUUGAUCCACGUACAUGCUCUAAAAUUUGUGGGAUCUGAAGAAAAAGCCGAAGUACUUGCUGAUAAUCACAGUUGGUCUGAAUUAGAGGCAAAAUAUUGAUAGAAUGGUUAAAAAGUUUUAUGAGGAUUUCCAACUUUUGCUUUUCCACUAUGAUGGUCGGACAAGUGAAUGGGAUGAAUUUGAGUGGUCAAAGAGCGCAAUCCAUGUUAGUGCAAGGAGACAAACAAAAUGGUGGUAUGCAAAAAGGCUUUUGCAUCCUGACGUUGUUGCAGCUUAUGAGUAUAUUUUUAUUUGGGAUGAAGAUCUUGGCGUGGAACACUUCAACGGGGAGAAGUUUACAGAAGAGAAACCUGGCUGGUGCAGUGAUCCACAUGUGCCUCCAUGUGCUACACUGGUGUAUCACUAUAUGCACUCUUGAGCUUAUUUAUAAAGGGAGAAAGGAAAAAGUUACCUGGAUAUGGAGGAGGAGGGACCUGGUUGAGAUCCCUUGGCGCAAUUAUGGGGCUGAGUAUAUUGUUGAAUCUUCUGCGGUCUUCACAACAACUGACAAGGCCUCAGCUCACAUAAAGGAAAAAAGGAUACAUUUGUGCAAUAAUGCUUGAAGGAGAAGCUCAUCUUACUUGAAGGAGCAGAAGCAGAGUUAAGGGCAUAGUCCAACAACAAGAAAAUAAGAUAAACAGUUGUAUG